AUUAGGGGGUGGGGCUGGGGCAAAUGCCAGCGGCCAUGCGAUGAGGUAGCUGGAGAAGUGGCUGGCUAUGACCUACUACAGCGAGCUGCGGGUGCCGCGCUCGGCUGGGCCACGGGCCAUUUAUGCGGCCUACCGGAACCGGGCGCUGCAGACGCACCCGGACAAGGGCGGGUCGCAUGACGCCUACAUCAAGGUGCGCCAGGCCUUUGAGGUGCUCAGCGACCCCAGGCAGCGCGCGGAGUACGACGCGGAGCUGCGGAGCACCGGGGAGCCAGAUGGUGUCGGGGCUUCCGGUGCUCGCCGACCAGAUUCAGGGCGGCCGCAGCGCGCGGAGACUCUCGCCCUGACCGGCGACACACCCUGGCAGCAAGCGGCGAGGACCAUCGUCAGCAUGCUGAACCUCUCAGAGACGCUCUGGGCCUCCGCCCUGGAGAGCCACACCGCAGAGGUCUUGGACUGCUGCCGCAGGCAGCUCCAGCGCUGCAGGGAGUCCCCGAACUUGCGGGGCCAGGCGGCCAAAGAGUCGGAGGAGCGGAGCUCCGAAGGCCCGGCCAUCCGGGGCCUCUACCAGACCAAGCGAGGCACCUGGGAAGUGAGCCUGUCCAUCCAGCGGGUGCAGUGCGCCAUCUUCAACGUGGCGGAUAUCGCCCGGGCCCACGACUGGCACAUCGCCCUCGUGGAGCUCCGACAGAAGGUUGCGGAGAAGAUUCAGUCCGGGGAGGGCGACAGAGAAGCCUUCCGGGACGCGGUGCAGGAGGCCUACGAGGCGGACCCCGAGCUGCGGCUGGUGCUGAGCUUCCGUGUCGCCAUCCGGGAGCCGAUCCGCGGCACCGGCCUGGCGGCCAAGAAGGUCAUCAGCGGGCCAUUCACCUUGCGCCUGGAGUCCGCCCUGCAGCUGCGGAACCGCGUGCAGCAACUGCGGCACAUGGGCGGCUCGCCGCAGGAGAUCGACAAGGAGAUCCGGGACGCCAAGACCUACGAGAAGAAGCAGAGGGACCUGCACAAGGCAAGACAGGCCGCGAUGCUGCAGGAGGUGUCUUCCGCGCUGGACCAAAUCCGGCGCGAGGAGAUGCGCAGGAAGCAGGUGCCGCCCCCCUUGGCGCUGCCGGCGCCGCCGCCAGCGCCAGAGGUGGAGGGGCCGCAGGCGCCGCAGGUGCCAGCCGCAGAGCGGAAAGCGCCGCCAGCGCCGCAGGAGGAGCCCGAGACGCGCAGCGGGGACUACUCAGUGCCCAUGAAGGGCUUUGCGAAGUUCUGCCGCGGCAUGUCCCUGUCGAAGCCGCAACGGGAGGAGUUGCUGAAGCGGGUGCAGGACGACACGGAGGUGCAGAAUGCCAUCCGCGAGGCCAUCGCCCGUCACUGCGGGAAUCUGCGGGGCUCCAGGCAGAAGAUGCUGGCACCAGCGCCCAGCCAAAGAGGAGGCACCUUGGCGCUGCCAGCGCCAAAGAAGGCUCGAGAGGAGAAGCACCGGCGCUUGCGCCUGGGGGUGGAAAGCUAUGCCCUGGUUCCUGCGGCCCCGCCCGGAGGCCACGUGCGGCGGAAGAGUUUGCUCGAGAUACUGUUGGAGAAGCACGAGGCCUUCCACCCCGGGCUCCUGACCAUCUGCGAGCUGAUCCGCGUGACCUCGUGCUCCCGGCGCACCUACGCGGCCUCCUCAGGCGCGACCAAACGCCAAUUCAGCAACUUCCGGCUGGCGGACUUCGGGCGGAACUCCGCGCGCUCCAAGCGCGGCCGCGCCUUGCCCUGCGGGGAGCUCCGUAUGCUCCAGGAGUGCCUCCGCACGAGGCGCUUCGCCAUCCAUGUGCGGCAUUUGGACCUCUCCACCCUGGAGAUGGCGCCCAUCAGCAAGGAGGAGUUCCAGUACAUGCUGGGCUGCCUGCCCAACCUGGCCUCCAUCGUUCUGCCCAGCCGAGGCUGGGCGGGGACCCUUCAGCUGCGCACCUUUGUGAACAUCGCCAAGGCCCUCAAGGUCAGCAUCGGCGCCUCUGCGCACGCAGACAUCAUCCUGCGCGGGGCCGGGAGCAGGCAGCAGAGCAGCGUGCAUGGCGCGCAUGGCGCGCAUGCGCCGCGAGGCGAGCGAGAGCCGCGCGAGCGAGAGCCGCGCGAUCACCGCGAGCGCGAGCCGCGGGGCCGCAAGCGGCCCUGCGAGUCGCAGGCUCCGAGACCUCGAGGCAGACAGCGGGUCGACAGCCAGGAAGUGUCUGACCGACCGCGGCUGGUGCUGUCCACGCCUGCGCUGCCUGCGCCGCCGCUGCCUGCGCCACAGGCGCUGCCCGCACCAGCCGCAGCGCCUGAGGUGGCGCCCUUGCCACCGGCACCCUUUGUGCGCCCAGAGCUUCCGCAGUCCCCGCCUGCGCCGUCGCCUCUGCGCGCGCUGCACGCACUGCGCGCGGCACAGCCCGCGCCCGCGCCAGCGACCACGCGGCGGGCGCAGAGUGCGCCGAGCUCCUCGGCGCUGAACGCGCUGCGGGGAGGUUUGCGCCGCAGAAGGGACACGGAGACCACUGGGGGUGCUGGGGGCUCCGGGGCCAAUGGAGGUCGCCGGGGCGCUGUGGAGGGGGACCACGGGAUGUGGUGGCUCAGCCGCAUUUAAGGCCAAGUGGGCAUGGGGAGAGCCUGCUUGGCCGGAAUUCGGCGAAAAGCGCCGGGCAUUGCUGCAAGCCUUGGGAUUAAAGGGGAUUCUUGUGGUUGGCCAGCAAUGCCCAGACUUUAGCUUCUGGAAGUUGCGUCAGCCCGCCCAGCCCGUUCUUCCUUUGGUUCAGUUUUCGCAAUGCCACUUAGUCGCAGACAAGACACGGCUUGGGACACCGCGCGAAUGCGCCAUGGGGCCCGUUACACACUGAGAUGCUGUAGAGUACAGUGAGCAGUGUCCUGUAACUCUGAAAUCAGGAGUCGGCUGCCUGGCAGCGGAAAAA